UGUUUUUACCCCUGCACACACCAACUCAAUCUCACACAUGCAACUGUCUUCUUGAGCACACAGACACCCACGACAACCAAGCUGACAAGCUUUCGGAGGCUUUGAACAGAAAAAUAUAUAAAAUACGUAGCCUGGGUGUACACCUCCUGUUUUGGGUGUGGUGUAAAAAAAAAGCAACUUUUAAAACCUUUGGAAAUCUUACACAGAACUCAACCUGAAGGACCAACGCGGAUAUCAAAGAAUGAUGGAGAAAGAGCCGCUGGACCCUCAUGCCCCUCCCCCUGGAGAAACCAACGACACGACAUUACAGAAGCUUAAGAAGUUAUUUCAGAGGAACAAAAAGCAGAAUGCUGUGGAGACAGAGGCCGGGCAGCAGCCUAACGGCGAGGUAGUCAACACAGGGCCGGUCUUCUUCGUGUAUGAGGAGGAGUAUGAAGAUGAGGACGAGGAGGAUGACCAACCCCCUGCUGAGCCAGUCAAACCAGUCAACAACAAACCUCACAAAUUCAAGGAUCAUUACUUAAAGAAACCCAAGUUCUGUGACGUGUGUGCCAGAAUGAUUGUGUUAAAUAACAAGUUUGGUCUGCGAUGCAAAAACUGCAAAACAAAUAUUCACCAUCACUGCCAGUCAUUCGUGGAGAUGCAGGAGUGCUUUGGUAAGAUUCCUCCUGGUUUCCGACGAGCCUACAGCUCCCCCCUGUACAGCAACCAACAGAACGCCUGUGUCACAGAGCUGCUGCCUUUCUCUCAGUCUAACAGGUCAGACCCGGUCUUUGAGACCCUGAGAGUGGGAGUCAUAAUGGCGAACAAGGAAAGGAAAAAAGAUUCAGACGACAAGAAAAAUAUGAUGAUGGCGAUGAUGGAGGAGGAAGAGGCAGCACCCAAGCCUGAGGAAGGGAAGGCAGAAGGAGGUAACCCUGAGGCAGACAAAAAAGGAGAUAAAGCACCAACGGAUGACAAGCACAAGAAACCUCAACCUGGUGCGUUCACGCAGUCUCACUAUUACCUGGCUCUCUAUCGAUUCAAGGCUCUGGAGAAAGAUGACUUGGACUUCCACGCAGGGGACAGAAUUACAGUGAUUGAUGAUUCCAAUGAGGAAUGGUGGAGGGGUAAGAUUGGUGAGAAGUCUGGUUACCUCCCGGCAAACUAUAUCAUCCGAGUGAAAGCGAGCGAGCGUGUCUACAAAGUGACCCGGUCGUUCGUGGGGAAUCGAGAGCUGGCUCAGAUCACACUGAAGAAAGACCAGAUUGUGGUCAAGAAAGGCGAGGAGCUUAACGGGUACAUGAAGGUGAGCACUGGAAGGAAACUGGGCUUCUUCCCUGCUGAUCUGCUGCAAGAAAUCUGAGGGGGGUCCACUGGAACCAGAACACAACAGCUCGGACAGGCGUGCACCGACAACACCAGGUCUGACGUGAACCCAAACCCACGUACACGCAUGCACGUGGAAAACAAACAUUUGAGCUCUGGCUAAACAGCCUCUUUGUGAAGCACAUUUCCUUUUUCAAAUGAUUUUAUUAUUUUAAAAAAAUCAAAUAAAAAACACAGCAAAAACAGA